AUGGGCAACAAACUCUCCCAAGCACAACGUAUCAUCCAAAGUGGUCAAAAUUGCGAUCUCGAUCUCGACGAAAAAGAAAUCAACAACAAGGAACUCGCAAAACUUUCCGAACUUCUCAAAGACAACAAUACAUGUUAUGCACUUCAUUUGAAAGCAAAUAAAUUUGAUGAAGUAGGAUUGGAAGCUUUGGCCGAUGCGUUGCAAACGAAUCGUUUUUUGAAGAGAUUGUAUUUGAAUAAUAAUCGAAUUGGAGAUGUCGGAUGUCAACAUCUCGCUAACGCCAUUAAACGUGUCACAGCUCUCGGAAUGAUUGAUUUAUCCAUGAGUAACAUUGGAGCUGCUGGUGCCAAAGCUCUCGGCGUCGCUUUCACACUCAACAAUUCCAUUCACACCAUUUAUUUAACAGAUAACAGUAUUGGAAAAGAAGGAUGUAAAUUGUUAGCAGAAGGAUUAAAAGAAAAUAAGAAAUUAAAAGUUUUGGAUGUUUCGAGAAAUGAUAUUGGAAAUGAAGGAGCAGAAGGGUUGGCUGAAAUGUUAAAAGUGAACACUGUUUUGGAACAAUUGUAUUUGGUGAAGAAUGGAAUUUCAGCCACUGGAUCAAUUGCUCUCGCUGAAUCAUUGGUUGUGAAUAAGGGUUUGAGAAGUUUGAAUUUGGAUUUUAAUCCAAUUGGAGAUGAAGGAGCCACACCUUUUAUGAAAGUAUUGAGAGAGAAUGACAAGAUUGAAAAAAUUGAAUUUGAUGAUAAGAGUAUUUCAGAAGAUUGGAAGAAUGAAUUUCGUAUGAGAUUGCAAAGAAAACAAGAAGUUCGUUAA